UGGCAAUUGUGCAGAGUUCAUCAUUCAUCAUUAGUAAAGCAUCACAAGUGGAAUAUAAUCGAACAUUUUUUUUUUUUUAUAAAAUAAUAAAUGAAAAUGAGAGUUGCUCUGCUAGCUGUGGUGACACUCACUACAGUGGCGGUCCUUGUCGGAGCUGCCGAUCCUGAAUGCGUCUACCGCAAAUUGCGUGGUCUGUCGCCCCACUGGCCGAACCCCACGAGCUGCUCCAGCUAUUACCGCUGCUCGGCCAAGGGUACUGUACGGGCUCUGACCUGUCCAGCCGGAAAAGAAUACAACCCCAAGAACGGCAAGUGCGCCACCGCCGGACGAGGACUCUGCAAACUGAGCUUUGUGGCUCCCCUGUCCGUGGAAACAAACGUUUGCACUGACGAGGUGACCGGAGCAUUUCUGCCAAAGAGCGGGUUCUGCGGUGAAUACUACAUCUGUGACGACCAACAGGCAUACGCCCAGAAGUGCUCCGCCGGCAGCGUUUUCAACAACACGCUUGGAGUCUGCAUUCCGGAUACUGAGAAGACCUGCUGGCAGAACCUAUGCGUGGGAGAACCCGAUGGCUCACUUCCGACCAACGACGAUUUAUGUGCCAACUACUACUCAUGCUCAGAUGGUGUGACCACAUUAGAGAAGUGCCCGCUGAAUUCCUACUUCGACGACAGCCUGAAGGUUUGCACCGCCGACACAGACUCCGUCUGCUGGCAGAACUUCUGCGUUGGAAAGGCAGAUGGCUCAGCCGUCGCUGACAAGACCAACUGCUCCGUUUUUUACCUCUGCUCCAGCGACAGCGCGACCAUCCAGAACUGCCCGGUCGGCAGUAUCUUUAACGCCGAUGGCUGGAACUGUCAACCCGGCAAAUGCGAUGACACCACCACAGUGGAGCCUUGCGAUGAUGUGACGACCACAACCGAACCCUGCGAUGAUGUGACGACCACAACCGAACCUUGUGAUGAGGUGACGACCACAACGGAACCCUGCGAUGAGGUGACGACCGUAACAGAACCCACCACCGGCUGUGAUUGUGCUGAUAAUGUGAAGAACGGUGAACUCGUUGCCAACGAACAGAAUUGCCGACUGUAUAACAUCUGCGAGGACGGCGUCCUGAUCUCCGGCGAUUGUGGCAAGGGAAACUUCUUCAACGUCAACCUCACUGUGUGCCAGAUCGAUUCUGAAAAUGAGUGUCCCGAUAGCUCUGAGGCGGAGUGCAAAGACGAUGAGAAGCAGGUAGAUGUUCAGAACUGCGCAAAGUACUACGACUGCCGGAAUGGAGUCUGGCAGUCAGCAAGCUGCGUCAAUGGCAGCUACUUCAACACCACAUUAUCCGUUUGCACAAUAGACUACGACAAUGUGUGUGUGGAAUCUUCCACUGACGAGUGCAACGUGAGCGAUCCGGCCGCAAGCGGUUCGAACUGCUGGAGCUACCAGACGUGCAUUAACGGCAGGUGGCAGGAGGAGAACUGCACCAAAGAUUACUACUUCGACCCGGUCCUAGGCAUCUGCAAAGCUGACGAGGAUGGUGUCUGUCCCGAAAACAAGUCAUUCUACGGCAUCAGACCACCCAUCGGCAACACCAGCCUCAUCGUCAGCCAACGAGCUAGGCGCAGUGUGGAGUCGGAGAACAACGAAGAGGCCCCCUGCUGUCCUGGAGGCAUUGCACAAGGCUCCAUUGUGUGCCAUCCCACCGACUGUGGCAAGUACCUGAUUUGCGAGAAUGGUGAGAUGGUCGAGGGCAGCUGUGGCGUGGGAAAUGUGGUGAAGGACGGUGUCUGCGUGCCCGACACAGGCGCCACUUGCUGGGUGUGUGCCAACAAACCCAACGGCUACCAACUGCCCAACCCGGAUGACUGCACAAGCUACUUCAGAUGCUACAACGGCCUGGCCUCCCAGCACUCGUGUGCCGCUGGCGAGUGGUACAAUGGAGAGAUAUGCGAGAUUGAUGUCACCGCGCAAUGCAUCAACCCCUGUACCUGCGCCUCUGGAGCCGUGCCCCACCCAAUCUGCACAAAGUACUACCUCUGCACCGACGGAGUGGCCCAAGUGGUGGACUGUGCGGUCGGCGAGGCAUUUAAUAAUGUCACAGGACUGUGCUCCGCCGCAACGAAAUGUAAUGCAAAGCUGUGUGCCACGGCGGCCGACUAUACGACCUACCCAGUGGCUGGAGACACCAGCAAGUUCUACAUGUGCCUUAACAAGGAGGCUACCAUCGUAUCCUGUCCGUCCAACACCGCCUUUGAUUCGACCUACGGGAUAUGUGAGCCCAUACCCAGUGUGGACUGCGAUCAAGCCACCUGUCAGGGUGCUGCUGAGUAUCUGACAUACCCGUCUCUAAAUUGCGACAGCUCAAGCUUCUGCACCUGCAUGGGCGAUGGUGGUUACCUCAUGUCCUGCAACGAAGGCUAUGUCUACAACGCCGCAGAUGCCAUUUGUGAAUUUACUGGAGAGUGCGAUCCCGCGUCCUGUGUCGGUAAUCCGGAGUACUGGAUUUCUCCCAAUUACCAAGACGCGAACAGCUUCUGUUUGUGCCGCAAUGAACAGCCGGUGCCGGUGCCCUGCCCCAUUGGCUAUACCUUCAGCAGUGACGAUCUUCUAUGCGUCCUCAUUCCUCAGCCAGACCCGAGAUGCGAUCCCAAUGGUUGCUCGUGCAAAACAGACUUUGAUACGAUUCCAGCUUUGAACACCGACGCUGGAUUCUGUAUAUGCGUGGACAAGCUGCCAUCGUAUAACAGCUGCCCUGCAAACACAGUGUACAACCAGGAAGACAAGGCGUGCUUAGCCCCUGAAGUAACCUGCACACCUAACGUUUGCGAGGCGACGAAAUGCGACAAUCUGGAGGACUAUCAAACAUUUCCCGCUCCGGACACAUCUGGCUACUGCUACUGCAUGGACUCCUGUCCCAUCUACGGAGCCUGCUUGGGUAACCAGGUCUACGACACGUUGUUUGGGAUCUGCACAAAGCCAGAGGAUCCCUGUGCCACCAUCCACUGUGACGCCAACCAAUGCGACUUGCUCCCGGCGUACGACCCAUUCAAGCCAGAGGGCGAUCUAACAGGAUUCUGCUAUUGUGAGGACGGACUUCCCAACUACCUUGAUUGCGCCGAGGGCGAGAUCUUUGACUGGGACCUAAAGAUAUGCCAGCCGCCCACGGUUGACUCCAGCUGCUUGUGCGAUGCAUCCAAGUGCACGGCGAGUAUGCCUGAUUUUAAGCCGUUCCCCCCCAUAACGGACAGCGAUGAUGCCGGUUUGUGCUAUUGCGAUAAUGGCGAAGUUAUCUACGACACGUGCAGCACGGGAAUGGUUUUCGACGCGGCACAGGAGAUUUGCGUCAUACCCUCGGCACCAUGCUCCGUGUGCGAGAUCGGGAAAUGCGACACUUUGGCCGAUUUAUCCACCUUUGCGGCCCUGAACACAACCGCAGGCUUCUGCGUGUGCAUGUCCGGAAGUCAGAUCUUUGCGGCAUGCGAGAACGGCACAGAGUAUGAUGUCGCUUUCGGCGCCUGUCUAAGCCCAUCAUCCAAAAUUGUCGCCAAUUCUGCUUGUGACGUGACCCAAUGCGACAAACGCGGGCAGUUCUCGAAAUUUUCGGCCACAAACACGACCAGUGGAUAUUGCAGUUGCGAGGAUGUCGGCGCCACCACCUACCACAGCUGCGAGAACGGAGAGCUCUUUGACGAGGACCUGGCCGCCUGCACGAUUGAGGCGUGCGACUCUCGCCAAUGCAGAGGUCGCGCCCAGUUUGAACCGUUCGAGGCGAGGAACACCAGUGCGGGAUUCUGCAGCUGUGACGGAGUCGCCAGCUACCAUCACUGUGACGAAGGACACGUCUUCGAUGUUUCCCAGGGCCUGUGCACAUUAAAAGGUGUCAUCGGCAACAUUGCCUGCAACUUGCUAGAGUGCCAGAAGCGGGCUCGCUAUGAGCCCUUCGCGGCUCAGAACACAAAAUCCGGAUUCUGCUCGUGCGACGGCUCGGACGGAGUCAGUGUCACCUUCCAUGCCUGCUCGAUCGGCCAGAUUUUCGCCCCCGAGCUGGGAAUGUGCGCAGAUCAUGUCAUCCAGAAGCGCUCACUGGAGGCGCAGGAAAAACUUGCCUGCAGCUUGGAUGAAAAGCGCUCAGUCCCAGCGAACUGCUCCCAGUACGAGAUCUGCGUGGAGGGGCACUGGCGACGACACAUCUGCUCCGAUCAGCGUUACUACAACCCAGAGCAGCAACGCUGCCUAGAGCCAAGGGACGACAUGGUUUGUGCCUAUGCGCGGGUCACGUAUCUUCCCCCCUGCACCAACCGCAGCGAGGCCCAAACGAUGUCCACCAGAAAUGGCAGCUGCGUACAGUACUUCCGGUGCGCAGGCAGCAAGUGGCGCCUUCGUAACUGUCCCAAGCAGCACUACUAUUCUGCCCUGAUGGGUUCCUGCCUGCCGUUUCCGGCUACCGCAAAGGCAAACGAUCGGGACAUCUGCAACACAACAAUCACCAUAAGUCCGACCAAGCAUUGCCAGCAUCUGUCCGUUCGUCCGUCUUUGGCAAGCUGUGACAGCUUCCUCAUGUGCCUGGACAACGUUUGGUGGCGGCACCAGUGUCCACUGGGAAUGUACUUCAGCCGCGACCGCAACUACUGUCUGCCAAACGAUGCCGACCAGUGUCCGCAGAAUACCACGACUUCCUGUGUUAGCGGCCAAAAAAGAGGCCUGAUUGGCAGCUGUAGCAUCUAUGACCAAUGUUUGGACGGCCAGUGGGUGCGGAUGCAUUGCCUCGAGGGACAACAGUUCGAGCCACUGCUCGGCUGCGUGCCCAGCGAUGGAAGGUGCCAGGCGAACGGAAUGCGCCGUAUCUGCCAUAGUCGGGAGCUACGGGCUCUGCCACUGAUCCCAGCGGACGGAGGGCAUUGUAUGCCAUUCUUCCACUACUGCGAGGGAGAGGAGUGGCUCCUGGGAAGCUGCCUUCGUGGCCAGCGAUUCGCCCCAGAACUGAACAGGUGUCAGGCCCAAGUCGAGUGCCAGGAGCAAGCUCAAGCUCUGACCUUUUCGGCUGCGGAGAGCAGCUGUUUGGGCCAACCAGAUGGCCUAAGCGUGCCUGAUGCCGAGGAUUGCACACGGUUUUACCUGUGCCUGCAGCAGCAGCCGGCUGUACUGCAGAGCUGUGCCUCCGGUAGCUUCUUCGACGCCGCUCAGGGAUACUGCAGACCCAACGAUGGCACCUGCCAGCUGGACGUCUGCUCAGGAGUAGAGGACGGCAGACUAGUGGCUCAUCCCGAGGACUGUCGUGCGUACUACAGCUGCUCCAGCCAGAACGGUACUCACCUCCACCAGUGCGAACAGGGACUGUACUUCCACAGCCUGCUCUCAUUGUGCCGCGUUGACCACGGCCAGUGCCAGACGGAAUCGGACCCUGGGGCGGAGGAAUCUGGCGGAAAGGUAUGUGCGGGGCUACACGGGGUGCGCCUGUCCCACGAGCUCUACUGCAACCUGUACUACGCGUGCGUGCGUGGCAUGGCGAUUCCAGUGGAGUGUCCCGCACGACAGCAGUUCAAUCCCGUCCUGGGGGCCUGUGAGCCGGAGUCGCAGGCAUUGGAGCAGUGCCAGAACGGACAGCUGGACGGAAACAGCAGCGCCGUCUACAGCUGCGGUACCCUUCAAGAGGGGAGCUACCUGGCCAACCGUAGCGACUGCACGAGGUACUUCAUCUGUGCUGGUGGCAUUGCUGUAGCUCAGCGGUGUGCAACAGGGAGCUUCUUCGAUCCGAAGCAGCUAUUGUGCGUGCAAGACGACGGCUCCUGUCCGUUCGUGGAGCAGUUGGACGAUGAUGAGGAGACAAAUAACCAGCAUGUGCCGCCCGAUCCACUGGUCUGCGAGGGAAAGCACGGCUACAUUCUACCGGAUCCGGCCAACUGCAAUAACUUCUACAUCUGCGUGUCUGGGAAGCUACGCCACGAGUGCUGCUACUCCGGCUUCUUCUUCAACGCUACGCUCCAGCAGUGCCAAACCUUGGAGCCAACCGGCGAUGUGGACUUGCAAACGGAGCUGCCCGGAAAUUUCUCAGUGCGGGAGCAAAGCGCGCAGAACAAGCAGUGCAACGACACACCCACGUCCUUCGACAGCCUGUGCAGCGUCAUUGGCAAUGGCACAUCCGUGGCAGAACAGGGCGACUGCCGGCGCUACACCAGCUGCGAGGAUGAUCUGCCCGUGUCCCAACGCUGCCGCAAUGGGGAGAGUUUCGACAGCCUCCUAAGGAUCUGUCGCCAGAGCGACGGCACUUGCCUCAUGGAGAACGGCGAGCGCGUAGGUGUCUGCAACGGAAAACAUGGCCAGUUGGCUCGCGAUGUUGACAACUGUCGCGGCUUUUUCAUGUGUGUGCACGGGCAGAAAAUCGAGGGCGACUGCGGACCGGGACUCUUCUUCAACAAGGCUACGAGCAGCUGCGAGCAGGAUAUCCUGCAACAGUGCAAAACCGAUGGAGAUGACUCGGUAAUUGUGACCGAUCCGAACUAGGUAUAGAUAUCAUAUAUGUACUCGUAUAAUUUUAAGUGUAUUUCAU